AUGGGUCGAAAAUAUUAUUGUGAUUAUUGUGAUAAACGAUUACCAGCUGGUUUAAAUCAUCGAAAAAGACAUAAUCGAGGAAUUCAACAUAUUAAAAAUAAACGAACUUAUUAUCUUCAAUUUCAAGAUCCUGUUGAGAUAUUAUUGAAUGAAAAAACAAAAAAAAUUUGUAAUAAAUGGAAUCAAAGUAAUUCAUGUCCUUUUGGUGAUAACUGUAAAUAUUCACAUCGAUCAAAUUAUGAACUUAUACAAUUAAUUGAACAAGCAAAACAAAAUUUAAACAAUCAAUUAAAUUUUGAUGUUCAUCGAUGGAUACAAAAAAGGUUACCAAAUGAAAUUCUCUUACCUGAAUCUCUUACUUCAUAA